AUGCCAGUUCAAGAGUCCAUAAUCCCAAUGACAUCCGAAAACAUGUCCAAGACUGGUCCAAUUAGUCUACAAGUCCUUCGGGACAAAACCAGAGAGAUAGGGGAGAGAAAUGCGCAGAUUGUUGAUGCUUUAGAGGCUGCGCUCAACAUCAAUGAUGAUGCUCUCAUUCCCCAGGCUGCCAAGCGCCUCGCAGACCAGCUAGACAGCACCAUACUCACACGCGACGACCCUGCGGACAUGGAAUCGGAGGUUGAGGACGCUCGGUAUAACGUAUACACCACCUUGUUGGCAGCAGUGCAAUUAGUACCCGCCGGCCAUGAAGCGCAUCACCGGCUGGCUUUGGUUUUACAUGAUUUGGCUGGCCUGGAUGGACAUCCUGCAUGGCAGCGCUUGGACGGCUUCGCCAUCUGCAACCGAGAUGCAUGGCAAGAUCCAACCCUCAGCUUGGAAUCUGCCACCGAUCCAGAGGUCCACGAACGAUGGUGCAACCUCAACGCAUUCCUAGCGAUCUUGCUCAGCACGGGCGCAAUUAACUGGCGGGAAUUACCCAUAUGGGAACUUCGCGAUGGUCUGGAGGAGAGCGUGGAGGAGUUCUCCCAGGAAGGUAAGGACACACGGGUUGUGGUUGCCACCUUGUGGAUCAAGCAUGCUGGAAAGUUCAUCUGGGAACAUUCCCUUUCAGGCAAGCCGGGAAACUUGGAUGAGACUGAUUCAAGAAUGCUUAGAGCUGGAGAGCUAUAUCAAGGCCAGCCGGGGUACUCGCGAGACCGAUGGGACUUUUGGAAGAGGCGUCUUGGGGAACUACGGAGCCAUGUGAGCGAGUCGCGAAGUUCUGCCAUUGACGAAGCCAUUGAGACCAUGACAGAACUGGAGAGCAAGAGCUGAAUAACUUGGUGAGGAACAUAAUGCCUUUUGAGGGAGAUUAGGCCAAGGACCUAUGUCCGCUUCUAUGUGGUAUUUGCCGGGGUCUAUGGCUCGAGACGUCCACAACCCACAAUGUAAGGUGGUCAAGUGGUGCACAGUAGAGAGAUCAGAAAAAAUAGACUCGUUAAAAUACAAAUGGC